GGACGACCCUUGCAAUUCCUCGAGGCUCAGCAAAAGAUCUGCGCAGCGACCAUGCAUACGUCCUAUUCUUAUGGCUCUGAAGAUCAUCGACGACCGGGACAGAGACUGUAGACGGUGUUGACUCUUGUUUGCCAUUUAGUUAGCUUCUUCAUUCAUCCUUUUGAGACACAGUGACGAUGAUGAUCUCAACAUUGUGCAAGUGCUGUACAGCAAGUUGCUGCAACUAGACUAGUACUCGAUGCGGAACUACUACCACAAGCUGUAGAUCAUCAUCUUCUAAGACAAUCGUGCUUCAGCAGAAGCUGGAAAGGGUGCAGAAAAAGACAAACUUUUUUUGCAUGACCAGGGGUUGAGCGAAAUAGAUAUUCUGCAAGAGGCGAAAGCAUACUACCAAGAGGACGAGGACUCUGAAGAAAUACUCGGGUUGCAGAAACAUUAA